AACACACACGAAACGUUAGCCCAACAAUUCGGUCACUGCACUCCUAAAUCUAAAAUCAAAUACCACACAGAUCUGACCUAACCAACACAGAACCGCGGAGUUAUAUAUCUUGUAUAUAGGGUUAUAACCCAUACUACAUAUUUCUAAAACCAAAAUUUUCCACGGAACUCGGGCAAAGAUGAGCUCCGAACCGAAUGAUGGGGUGCAAGUUGAGGAGGAGGCAGUGAAAGGCGCGAAUGCCAAUAGGUUGGCUUUGGAUCAGGCUCUAAACAAUGUGGUUUAUCUGGCGCGCCGUCUGAAUUUCACCAGCAUGGAGGGCUAUGGAUCCUUGGAAAAAUCCCUGGAGAUGGCGGUACCAAAAUGUCUCAAGAAUUCGCUGAUUGAUGAAACUCCCUCGUCGUCGUCGAAGACUGCUUGUGGAAAAGUUGCUUCGAAACGUAAGCAGAAUGCAAACACCGUUAGAUCCUCGGGUUCCAAGGGUACGAAACAACCCGUAAAGACGACUCCUCGUGGCGUCCAGUGUCUGACGGCCCAUCUGCCGGUGCCACCGCCACCACCGCCGCCCUCGCCACGAUGCCCACAGGCCCGGGAACUUUGUUUGGCCCUGGAGAAGUCCGACGAUCUGAUGAUCCAGUUCGGCAAGACGGACGAAAUGUUGGAUCAACUGCUGUACGAUGCCAGGGCCAUCGAACGCCAGGUGGCCAUCCAGUGUCAGAUGCAAAGGGACGCCGAGCUGAUCCGCAGCCUGGAGGUGGAGUACAGUGGGCGCUCGAUGAGAUACCUCAUAGAGGCCAUUCAGGCGGAUUCCGAGAGCCAACAUGUCCAGGAGCUACGCCAGCGAUGUCUUCGCACCCUGAAACGCUACGAGGAGCGGCAGAUGGAGAUGGAUUUGGAAGAGGGGGUUCAAGAUCAGGAUCAGGAUCAGAAACAAUAUGAAGACGAGGGCAACGGCAAGGGCACUCAAACCGAUCUUUAUGAAUAUCAAAAUGAGAUGGUAUCGAAUAUGGUGGAGCUAGACCGUCCCAUGGAUAUGCAGGCAUCCGGAGCAGGCGAUGGUCCCCAGGGUCAGAAGAUAACCCAGAAGAAGGUCCUUGAUGAAGCCAACCUCCCAAUUGACUAG